AUGCCGAAACCGAGAGACGGACUGGUUUGGGAGAAUGGCGGGUUCGACCUAGAGCCCCGUUGGACAAGAGAGCCAUCACUGACAGCGAUCGAGAAGGUCUGCCGCCGACAGCUGGGAAUUGGCGAUGGCGCCAACUGCGAUGUCUCAUUCUACGCAGCGGGUGCUCUCAACAAGCUGUAUCUCGUACAGAGGGAUGACGUCAAAUUGAUUAUGCGCGCGUCUCUCCCGGUAGAUCCUGGCGACAAAACCCGUGGCGAGGUAGCGACCCUACGCUGGCUUCGACGCUGGACCAGCGCUCCUGUCCCUCAUAUCUUCGCCUUUGACGACUCCAAUGACAACGAGAUCGGCUUCGAGUGGAUUCUGAUGGAACUCAUGCCCGGUGUCUCGGCGUACAAGCGAUGGCGAAGCAUGUCGAUGGCCCAGAAAACGGCCUUGGUUGAGGAGGUUGCCAAAUAUCAGACCCAGAUUCGCAUGCAACAGGGCGGAUUCCAAAGCAUUGGGACCCUUCGAACCAACAAAACCGACGAACAGGGUCAGCACAUAGAGCAGCGAGAUUCAGAGCUCCCUGUGACGCCAUGCAAAAUGGUAUCUCUUGUCUUCUUUUGGGGUGACCAUUACGACUACGAUAUUCCACGAGGCCCGUUUCGUUCCAGCCAUGACUGGUUGAGCUCCUUUUUAAACAUCAUAAUUCUCGACAGCAAGGCAGCUCUGCGGGAAGCGGAAGAUGAAGAGGAUGAGGAAGACGCAGCGGAGGCCGUGGAAGUCGCACAGAAGCUUCUCGCCCUGCUGCCCCAGAUCUUCCCCAGCAUCCAGCACCCUCCCGAACGAAGCUUUCUUUGGCAUGACGACCUGUCGCUACAAAACAUCUUGGUAGAUGACCAAGGGAAAAUCACUGCGUUGCUGGAUUGGGAGUGCGUCUCUACGAUGCCUUCGUGGGCCGGCACCCAGAUGCCCAAGUUCCUGAGCGGGGCGCGAAGGGACGAGAAACCUGAUCGCGACGGAUACGGAGACGAGAGUGCGGGACAGGACGACACGUUAUCCGGCGUCGAUCGCGACGAGGAGCUGGACAACGAGGGGAAAGAUGAGUUGUACUGGAUUCACUUGAUGGAAUUCGAACAGACGCAGCUGAGGAAGGUCUACGCAGCACGCAUGCAACAGCUACGUCCUGACUGGGCGACGGAGGUCGAGGACGGCUCGCUGAAGAGGGAUUUUCUCGAAGCUGUUCAUCGCUGCAGGAGCGGGUUCUAUUUGAAACGCAUAUCUCAGUGGGUUGAUGCCAUCACGGCAGGAGACUUUCGGCGCCUUGCCGAGACGCUCCAAACAGGGCGAUGA